AACUGACACUCUCUAUGACCAUUAAAACAUGAAAUGAAUUCAUUGUCAUUCUUACUACUUAUUAUUAUCUUUAUCAGUAGUAUAGAUUUGAAGACAUAAUUUAUUAGACUUAUAUUGAAAAACAAAAAACAAAACAAAAAGUAUGGAUAAACAUACAGAUAAUUAUCAUUAUGGUUAUGAACAAGAAAAAGAUCAAUUAGAAACGAUUACAAAUCAAUUAAAUGUUUCAUCAAAUUAUGAAAGAUUACCUUCUCCUUUACCAGUUCAAUCAUCAUUAAAUGAUCAUUGUCAUGAACAUUCUACAGUUAGUUCAAAUAUAGAUAAAAAUGCUAGAAGAAAAUUAAUACUUGCCAGUGGUCUAUGCUUAUUUUUUAUGACAGGUGAAAUAAUCGGUGGUGCAUUAGCUCAUAGUUUGGCUAUUAUGACAGAUGCUGCACAUUUAUUAACGGAUUUUGCUAGUUUCUUAAUCAGUCUAUUAGCUUUAUAUUUAGCAUCAAGACCAUCUACAAAACGUAUGAGUUUUGGAUGGCAUCGUGCUGAGGUUGUCGGUGCAUUGGCAUCUGUUCUAUUAAUUUGGCUUGUUACUGGUAUAUUAGUCUAUUUGGCUGUGAUACGUAUUAUACAUAAUAAUUAUGAAAUCAAUGGUAAAAUUAUGCUUAUUACAUCAGCUACUGGUGUUGGAGUCAAUAUCAUUAUGUUAUUCACAUUACAUAAUCAUGAUCAUAAUCAUAAUUCAUUAAAUGAACAUUCUCAUCAAGAGUUAAAUUCAUUUCCUAGAACUCAUAUUAAUCAUUUAACUAACAAUAAUCAUUCACAUGAAAUUAAUCAUGAUAUUCAUAAAGAAUUUAAUCGUCCAAAUAUUACUGUACGUGCUGCAUUUAUUCAUGUGAUUGGAGAUCUAUUACAAAGUAUUGGUGUAAUGAUUGCAGCAAUGGUUAUAUAUUUUCAACCAAAAUAUAAAAUUAUCGAUCCAUUAUGUACAUUUCUCUUUUCAUUAUUGGUCCUUAUUACUACCAUUAAUAUAUUACGUGAUGCAUUAAAUGUCUUAAUGGAGGCUACACCACGUGGAUUAAAUUUUAAUGAAGUGAAAAAUUCAUUAAUGAAUAUAAAUGGUGUCAAAGAAAUACAUAAUUUACAUAUGUGGAGUUUAACAACCAAUAAAACAGCUGUCUCAGUACAUUUAGCUAUUGAAAAUGAUUCAAAUGCACAAGAAAUAUUAAAACAAGCAAAUCAUCUAUUAAAACAACGUUAUUUAGCACAUGAUGUUACAAUACAAUUAGAAUUAUAUGUUAAAGAAAUGGCUGAUUGUUAUCAAUGUAAAGAACCAUCAAAAUAAGUAGUAUAUAAAAAAAAGUAACUAUAUUCACAGUGAUAAUAUUGUACUUCAUCUAUACACUUAUAUUCAAACGAAUUAAAUAUUAUAUAUUCUUUAUUCAAAUAAAUAAUAUCUGAUAUUAUCUUCAUUGUAUUCAAUAGUUUAUUAGAUAACUAAUCUCUAUGAUGAAACUGAAUAUAUAUAUUUAUCUUUAUAUUCAAUAUUUUUGUUUAGUAAUUUGAUCUACUUAUAAGUAGUAUAAUCAUAUUAACUCAAAAAUUGUCAUUUGAAGUACUUGAUAGAGUAGAUCUUACAAUUAGUAGACUUUGUCUAUAAACCUUAUGAUAAACUUAUAUAAGUUAUAAAGACUGUUAUACAUAGAACUUCCUAAAGCUCUUGUUAUUAUUAUUACUAAUUGAAGUAAUCCAUUCAUGUAAUUCAAUGAAACAAGUAAACACAUUUAACUUCUCUAUUUGUAUCCAUAUUCCUUGAAGAUUAUUGAAUCAUUUUCUUGAUUGAAUUAUAUCCAUCAAUCUAUUGAAUGAUUAUGUAAUAACUUUGAUUUUCUUUUUUACAAAUCAUGAUAGACUACUUAUUUAUUUAGCUUGUUAUAUUACUUAUUUCAUUAAGGUGUAUAUCUCUAUAUAGAUAGAUAGACAGAUAGAGAUAUAAUGACUGAAGUAUAUUGUGCAUUUAUGAUGAUUAUGUUCCCUUUCACAAUGAUGAUGUAACUGUUUCCAAUCAUUUGAAUGAAAGAUUCAUAUUGUUUUAAUCAGGUUAUUUAAGGUUAGAUUUGAUGAAUGAUUUCAUAUAAACACAUUUCAUUAUAGAUUAGAAUCUUCUUUUUUUAACUUGAUUAUAAAAAUUACAUGAAAAGAGAAGAUGGUAUAGUCAAUCAUUAUUAAAUAAUUAUAGAUAAUUCGAUUAUAAAGUUUUUGAUUGAGAUCAUGAAC